AUGUCCUCCGACGUGCGCGCGGAUGCUGCCACCUCCGAGCCAAAGGAGAUGAUCAGCAAGGAAGAGUUGGCCGCUUCAUACGGGAAGUCAGCGGCUGGUUACGAGUCGAUGCUUGACCAGGAGGUGAUCGACAAGAAAGUGCUCUACGACAAGAUAGUGGACAUGCUGUUGUCAGGGCUUGGAGAACUCGAGGGCCCAGUGGCGGACGUGUCCUGCGGACCUGGACAUGUCUUGGCGAUGCUGCAGGAGCGACAGAAAGCACGGCCUCUCAUGGGCAGCGACCUUUGCCAGGACAUGGUCGAUCGAGCUGCCAAGCGGCUUCCCGAUGCAACGUUUCAGCGUGCCGACAUGACGGAUCUGUCCGGUGCUUUCAAAGAUGCCCAGUUGGCAGGGAUGAUCAACAUGUUCGCCAUCCACCAUGUGGAUGAGACGGGCGUGAAGGCUGCUCUGGGGGAGGCUUCCCGCGUGCUCAGAGGAAACGGUUGCCUCCUACUGGCGCAGCUCGGCACUGCAGUGCUUAGCUUCUUUAAGAAUCCGUCUGGAAGUUGUAGUUCGGAGAGGUAG